AUGGCGCCACAACCAAACGCUUCUAAUAAUCCUUUGGCAGUAUUGGACAUACAUCAUUCUCAGCUUUGGAGAGUCUCCGGAAAAGCGGAAAACAGCAAGAGCGCCGCAAUUAAGCAAUUUGUUGACGCACAAAGAGAAGCCUUCUCAGAUUUCCACAAGGUGCUGGCUGAAACAUAUUGCUAUGUUUACGAACUUGUCAAGGAGGUCAAGGACCUUGAAGACCCGACAGUUUUGAAGGAAGUUGAAAAAGAGAAUCCUACGUGGAUCAAGUCUCCCUCUUCUAUGUACAGCGCGGUUGAGCAAACGAUGAAAUCACUCAAAAAGACGAAGCAGAGAUGGAGGGCACCAAGGGGAGCUGAUUUCAUAAGGGUAUUCAUGGAGGAGCCCAGUCUGGCAUAUGAUCCUCUUAAAUUCAUCUCAGUCCUAUCGAAAAAUAUCGACAUCUACAAUGCCAUCCGCCUUCUUAACGCAUGCAUCAUCAAGAGGACAGAGGAAGCUAAGCAGCAAACCAGCAAAAAAAUCAAAAUCACACGGGGCCAUUGGAAAGCUGCGGCGGAUUUGGUCAAGUCGCAUCUCAAAUCAAGCGUUGUGCUAGAUCUUGCCAGAGGCGAGACUCAUGUUAUGGAUAUGAUUGGGGUCAAACCAGAGCCAUACGGUGUGCUGUUACCCGGGGAAGGACCAAAAAAAGUAUUCGAUCUAUUCUUUGAAUCCACUUCUGAUAAAGACGAACCUAAGAAUCCUGACGAGGAGAAUGGGAAUGGUCCUGUUGAGGAGGAGCCUAGAGCGGACGAUGAUGAAGAGAAGUUGGCUACUACGCUCAGAGACGUGAUUAAUCGCCUGGACGCGGAGAAGAGAGCUAUGAUUAGGAAGGAAGAUACAUCGGGCAAGGAGCAUCAAGCGACACACAUACCAUAA